AUGAAUGAACUUGAAGAUCUUUUUCACGACGAGCAAUACAUAUUUGCUUCGAUUUUAAUACCAGUUCCUCCUUAUGAACCGAUUUUGAUAUUAAACUCCAUGACUAAACUAAAUUAUGAAAACCCUAUUUGCGAUGAUCAAGAUAUAUCUGCUUCAACCUCAACACAAGCUCCUUUUCCUGAAGUGAUGAUCGAUAGCAAUCUAUUUGAUAAUGAAUCAGAUAGAUCAGAUGAUCCAUCUGAUUCAAAUAGAUUUAAUUAUAAAGUUAAAACAAGUGAAAUAACUAAUGGUGUAAUGAAAAAAGCUACUUAUGAAUGUAUUAAAUCUAGUUUACAUGCUCCGCAAGUUACAUCAGACCCAACAAAGAGGCAUAACAUAUACUCUCAACGGAUACAAUGCCAAUGGAAG